UCAUUUACUUAUUAAUUACGAUUAUAAAAAGGCUGGAAUAAUCAGUAGCUCACAUUUUGUACACAUUUGUUUAACGAUUAAAGUAUUUUUUGUACUACAAUGGGAUAGUACAAUAUGCUUGAAUUACUUCUCCAAGUGCUCCUUUACACCCACUCCGUGGCGGGACCACUCCUGACCAUGUAUCCAUGUCCGGCAUCAGGCGCAAAGAAUUUGUUACAUGAAAUUGUUAACGGGCUGAAGCCGAUGCCUCGACUCGACUCGACUCGACUGCGUUUGAUGCCUUUUGCUGAUAUAUGGCCAACCUUUGACAUCCUUUAAACGAGCAACAUGAUGCUCUAGAUUAUGGCCAGGAGAUUGGCUCGACUUUUCCCCGUCGGCUCCUCGGCUUGCCCGGAUUGUCUCACUUGGGCGAUACGUCAAUGUGACAGUUUGAUAAUUUAUUUUGUUCAAAUUUUGUUUUUCCUGCGCUGGGGAGAAGAGCGCUUAAAUAAGUUAUCAGCGUGGACCAACGGCCAUGUAAAUGGCAGCACGUAAAUGAAUGAAAUUAUUUCGCAACAAAUUAAGGCAAAUUUAUGCGUCAAGGCGACAGGACAGGGGAUUCGAGAUGGGCGAACAAACAAAAGCGAAAACGGAACAGCACGAAGCGAAACAAACAAUGAAACGAAAAACGACAGCCUCGCAGAGUGAAAAGCGACGAGUUUUCCUUCUCCGAAAUCUGAGCAAGGGUUUGUGCAACAAAGUGAAGAGCAAGAGCCCGGCUGCCAGGCUGCCCCCUUUUCCGCAUUUACCCCCCAAAACGGGGCUAACUGCGUCCGCUCUGCACUUGUACACAUCCUGA